UGUGCUUGGACCCGGCUUCUGGGAAGCGUCAGGUACGUCUCCGAGCCCGGCAUCGCCGGGCAUCUCCAGGAGAGCGGCGACAGGAGGGCGCGGAGGCCGCGUUCCCCCCAGGCGCGUCGCCGCCGGACUCUGUUUCCUCGAGUGUAAAUUGGGACGGAGAAGGGAGCAUCGGCCUUUUCUUCAUCAGGCCAAAGAUGCCUCUCUUUGGGAAUACGUUCAGUCCAAAGAAGACGCCUCCCCGGAAGUCUGCUUCUCUCUCCAACUUGCAUUCUCUGGAUCGCUCAACCCGGGAGGUGGAGCUGGGCCUUGACUACGGAACCCCCACUAUGAAUCUGGCGGGGCAAAGCCUGAAGUUUGAAAAUGGCCAGUGGAUAGCAGAGACAGGCAUCAGUGGAGGUGUGGACCGGAGGGAGGCUCAGCGCCUGCGCAGGCGGAACCAGCAGCUGGAGGAAGAGAACAACCUGCUGCGGCUGAAAGUGGACGUCCUGCUAGACAUGCUUUCAGAGACCACUGCCGAAUCCCACUUAAUGGAGAAGGAAUUGGAUGAAUUGAAGAGUGUCAGCCGGAGAAGAAAAUGAAGACCCCAAAAGACAUUUAUUAGGAGAGUAGGGAGAAACCCACUGGUCAGGGGAGGAGGAUGUGGCUAAGCAGUCCUUUUUUUUUUUUUUUUUUUUAGCCGAACUAGUGGAUUAGGUCCUGGCAGGGAGUAUCAUGUAAUGGGGCCAACAGGCACUGGCACUCUGGGGCCGGCAGUAGAAGGUGACGUGUAAUGGAGGAAACCAAGAUUUCAGGCCAGGGCAGCAACUAGGAAGUUACUCCAGAUGUACCGCCAAGAGAUGCUAGUCUGUAAGCCAGACGUCAGGGAGGUCUGGGGGCAUGUAAGCCUUUGGGUGUUGUCCAUACAUGUAAGCAUACAAGUGCACAUGGCCCCAAAUCAUCCUAUUAGACAGACACUGUUGGGAGAAGCAGCAACUGGAGUUUAUCUUCUCAUUCCCUUACAUUGGUGUUGGGGACAUGGCACCAGUUCUACAGAGCCCUGUUUUAGGGGCUCUUGAAUGAGUUGCUUUUGGUUCUCUGCCCCUCAGGCCACUCUCUCUCUGCCUUGAAAGAAUACUCAUUCGCCAAAUCGACAGCCUCCUCUGGCUUAGCUUCUCAGCAGCAAGCACCAGCCUUCUAUGGCAACACUAUAUUUUUUGGUUUGUUCCUGUUUACACUACCUUUUUAUUAAAUACUGUUAAAUAGUAACUCUGUCGCCAAAGUGACUGAAAAGAGAAGCAUGAUUUCCUCAAGAAGUAGAUAGAGCCUGGAGUUUAAGCUCCUGUUGCUCCAUCCAAAGACAGAAUUUUAAGGUAUGGGGAAAUAUCACCCUUGCAGGAGAGCAUUCCAGUUUUCCUGCACAUUGGCAAAGGCUGACACAAAACAGAAACAAUCUCUCUCUGCUCAGAUUCCCUUGUCCUGCUUUGGGGAGUUGGGACUGGCCCAGACCUGGCAGGGAUCCAGUAGUUGCGAUGGGAAUUUGCACCUGAGUCAGUGUGGGCUGGACUUCUUUGGCUGGAGGAGAGAAUCCAGCUCCCAAAGUCAAGUGGGAGGGCACUGAGAAUGGGGGCAUGGAUCCCAGGGGUUUAGACUGGGGAUGGCUAUUAUGGUUAGCAGUUUCUGAAUGCCUGUUACAUGCCUGGCACAGGCUCAGUACUUUGUACCUACUGUGUCUCAUUUCCCCCUCAGCUCAGCCCUGUGAAGCAGGGACUGUCAGCAUGCCAUUUGCAGAUAGGAAACAUUCUGGAAGGUUCAGAAACAGGUCUAGGAUCACAUAACAGGAGUGUUGGAGCCUGUCUCGUUCCUGGUAAAAGAGAGGAGCUGGAGGGCUACCUCAAAUGGAGGCUGCUGUUUAUAGCCCAUCCUUGCCAGCAGAGCACUCUAUGGGGGGCUCGAUAGAAGGAGAGCACAAUUUGUAGCUCCAGCCCAUGACCUAACUGCUGAUAUAGGAGAGAACGCUUAAUACAGAAGAAAUUGGAGAAGGAUCCAAAUAUAUGCAGGAUCCAAAUAUAUCUUCAGGUGCAGACACUAGGAGUAACUGGGUUUGCUUAUGCCAAGGCCAGUGUCACUGGCAAUCAUUUAUUGAGCACCCUCAAUGCCGGAGGCCUGUUUCUAAUUCUCAUGACAGUUCUUCAUGUUUGUUUUCAUCAUCCCCAUUUUUUAGUUGAAGAAACCAGCCCAGCAAGGUGACACAGCUGGGAGGGAUGGGGCCGGGACUGAAAGCUUGAGAAUCACGUAGGGUAUAUAUGGUAUCACAGUGAUGUGGACUCCCCCCGCCCGCCCCUCCAGCGCCUUAGUGGGCUGGAGCCAGGGACCCUAAACACCCUGUGGUAUGUGAGGCAGUUCUGCAGUGAAGAAAAAGGACUUUUGAGUGAGCAGAGAAGCAAGCCCUUGGCAAGUGUGGAGCAGAGGAAUGCUAUGAUCCAAGUGGUUUUUAAAAAUCACUCUGGCUGCUCUGUGGUGAGCACAGACUUAAGGGGGCAGGAGUGGGACCAGGCAGGUCUCAGCAGAGGAGAAGAGGUCAGAUUCUAGAUGUGAGUUGAAGGUGCAGCCUACCAGUGUUUGCUGAUAGAUUUGGGGUGUGAGAUAAGUCAAGGAUAAUCCUAUUAAUGAAAGUAUCUAGGAGAAAAGGGGGAAAAAUAACCCAUAUCCCACCACCCCAACCCCAUUUCCUUCAGGGAGAUGUUUUGUUUUUUUCCUUUGAGAUAUCCUAUUCUUUCAAGAUCUUACCAUUUUUAAUCAGAUACAUCCUUCAGGUUCUGGCUAAAAUACCUCCUCAAGGCCUUUGUUAAACAAAUCUACCACUUAUGGGGUACCCAUGUAAACAGUGCUGUCUUCUUGACAUCUCUUGUAGUCACUACAACAAUUUUGUGAAUUUUUGUGCUGGACAUUGGAUUAGGGAAGGACUGUUGCUGAAGAGCUGAAAUAGAAAGCUCUGUGGGCGUGAGAGAGUGAAUGCAGGAUUAGAGGCAAUACUCAGAGGAAAUCUUACAGUUUGAGUCCUAGCAAGGGGAUCCAUAUGCACAAUUGUACAGAUACAGGCUAAUGUGCAUUUUCUGUUUUCUUGUUUUUUGUGGCUGGCCUGUAUGGGGAUCCGAACCUGUGACCUUGGUGUUACUAGCACCACACUCUCCCAAGUAAGCAAAACAGCCAGCCCCUUAUGUGCAUUUUUAAAUGGGAGGGGCUUACAACUUUUAUAAGAAUCUCAAAAGAUCCAUUACCCCCUCCCCCCCCCAU